UCUCUCUGUGUUUCCCCUUUCAUCACCAUGCUUCCAAAGUUCAUCAUUAGCCCCUUUAGGGUGGAAUCCCAAGAAGGGAAGCAUGUGAACAAGAGAAGAAAGCAUGUGAGAUCAUUUGAGAGUACCAACAUGGAUGUUGGUUUGAGACUUCUCCCUCAAAUUACAAGCUCAAAUAACACAUCAAAUGUCCUCUUGAAAUCUGCAGUGAGAAAGGCAAACCAACAAUCCAUCCCUCAAGACUUAUGCUUCCUUAAAACUUGCAAUCUAUGCAAUAAGCAACUCACUCCAAACAAAGAUAUUUACAUGUACAGCAGAGAUCAAGGUUUCUGCAGUGUAGAGUGUUGGAACAGACAAAUAGUUUUGGAUGAGAUGAGAGAAUUAGAGAGCUCUACCAAGAAAAUGGUAGCUGCUUAUAGGCAAUGUUCUAGUGAGGCACGUAGUGAGACUCGCCUUAUACUUGAGGACCUACGAAUGCAGAGACUUAAAUCUAGAGUCUAAACCAAAUCCCUUGUAUAUA